AUGCCAAGAUACGAAGACUCGGAAAAAGGAGAUGAGAAGAAGAAGAUGAAAGAACCAUUUCUAUGGAAGGAGGAUAAAAAAGAGCAUAAAGAAGAAGAAGAUGGUGCACUUUUCACUGUACUUUUGAGCACUGCCGUAGCUGUUUGUGGAUCAUUUGCUUUUGGCACUUGUAUUGGCUACUCAGCUCCCACCCAAGAUGCCAUAAUGAUGGAUCUUCAACUUUCUUAUGCCCAGUACUCGGUUUUUGGUUCGAUAUUGAACAUCGGAGCAAUACUUGGUGCAAUUACUUGCGGAAAUAUUGCUGAUUUCUUAGGACGGAAAGGGGCCAUGAGGAUAUCAGCAUUUGUUUGCAUUUUGGGAUGGAUAGCAAUCUACAUGGCUGUGGAGUCGGUUAUGCUGGAUUUUGGAAGAUUCUUAUCUGGUUAUGGGAUUGGCGUUUUCUCUUAUGUGGUGCCUGUUUAUAUAGGUGAGAUCACUCCAACUAGCCUUCGAGGAGGGCUUGCGUCAGCAAAUCAGCUCCUUAUUGUGAUUGGAUUGGGAAGUUCAUAUAUACUAGGAGCUUUUAUUUCAUGGAGAAUGCUUGCAUUAACUGGAAUUAUCCCUUGUAUGUUUGUUUUUCUGGGACUAUUCUUUGUCCCCGAGUCUCCGAGGUGGCUGUUGAUGGCUGGCAGAAGUGAGGAUUUUCUUGUAGCAUUACAGCAUCUUCGAGGACCAGAUACUGAUAUAACAAGGGAAGCAGAAAAUAUAAAAGAUUAUUUGGAAUCCCUUAAGGGAUUACCGAAGGUCACAUUCAUAAAAAUGUUUGACAAAGCCAACAUUCAUCCCCUUACUAUUUCGGUUGGACUAAUGGCGUUUCAGCAGUUAGUUGGAAUCAAUGGGAUUGUCUUUUAUGCAAAUUACAUAUUCAAAUCAGCUGGUUUUGAUCCAAGCAAAGGAACUAUUAUCUACGCUAUUCUUCAGAUUGUUAUAACCGCGGUUGGAGCAAGCAUUGUAGAUAAAGCUGGAAGAAGGCCUCUUUUACUAACAUCUGCUGCCGGAUUAUUGAUGGGAAAUCUGUUAAUUGCGUCUUCUUUUUUCCUAAAGGCUCGAGAAAUAUCACCUGACAUUGUGCCUUAUAUUGCUGUUAUUGGUGUUCUGGUAUACAUAGGUUCGUUUUCGGUGGGAAUGGGUGCCGGUCCAUGGCUUAUUAUGUCCGAGGUAUUCCCGUUACACAUAAAAGGGAUGGGCGGAAGCUUGGUGACGAUAACGAAUUGGUCUGGUUCGUGGUUGGUGUCUUACACCUUCAAUUUUCUCAUGUUAUGGAGCUCUUACGGUACAUUUUUGUUAUAUGCUAGUGUUUGUGCACUUGCAAUUGUUUUCAUAUACAAUAUGGUGCCUGAGACCAAAGGAAAGACACUUGAAGAGAUUCAUGCUUCAAUGAAUUCAUCUUAAGCUUGACAAGAUGCAUUCUUGUUUUUCUUUUAGUAAAAU